CUUCCUGGCAAGGGGAAGGCAGGGAAAACAUUCAUCCCUCUGUAGCGCUCACUGGGCAUAGGCUGUAUUCCUUGGUAUUCUCCAUGUCCCUUCUCGGCCAUGGUGUGUCCAGACAGGGCAAGAUGGCUUCCAGUCCCAAGGAGCGGAGGUGUCUUGCCUCUGUGCGUGGUCUGAGAGCACCUGGGAGCACAACCCCCCAACCCCACGCUCCUUCCCCUCUUCCUGGGCUAACAGGUGUGUCCUCCAAUUCCAUGGCAGUGCGGAGGGCCGCCCAACUGUAUGGGCUUCGAGAAGGAGGGGAAAAUGAAGACUGGACUCUCUUCUGGACUGACUACUCGGUGUCACUGGAGCGGGUGAUGGAAAUGAAGAGCUACCAGAAAAUCAAUCACUUCCCUGGGAUGAGUGAAAUCUGUCGCAAGGACUUGCUGGCCAGGAAUAUGGGUCGCAUGUUGAAGAUGUUCCCUAAAGAUUUCCACUUUUUCCCCAGGACUUGGUGUCUUCCUGCUGACUGGGGAGAUUUGCAGAACUACAGCAGGUCAAGAAAAAAUAAGACGUACAUUUGUAAACCGGAUUCGGGCUGCCAAGGGAGAGGUAUAUUCAUCACCCGGACGGUGAAAGAAAUCAAACCAGGGGAGGAUAUGAUCUGUCAGCUCUAUAUUUCCAAGCCUUUCAUCAUUGAUGGGUUCAAGUUUGACCUGCGGAUUUAUGUGCUGAUGACAUCCUGUGACCCCCUCAGGAUUUUUGCAUACAAUGAAGGACUGGCCCGUUUUGCCACCACCUCUUACUCCCACCCUUGCACAGACAACCUGGAUGAUAUCUGCAUGCACCUGACUAAUUACUCCAUUAAUAAGCACAGUUCCAACUUCCUUCGAGAUGCUCACUCUGGCAGCAAGAGGAAGCUCUCCACCUUCAACACGUACAUGGAGAGCCAUGGCUACAAUGUGGAGCAGAUAUGGAGAGAUAUGGAGGAUGUCAUUAUCAAGACAAUCAUGUCGGCCCAGCCCAUCAUCAAGCAUAACUACCACACCUGCUUCCCCAACCACACACUCAACAGUGCCUGCUUUGAAAUUCUGGGCUUUGACAUCUUGUUGGACCACAGACUCAAGCCCUGGCUGUUGGAGGUCAACCAUUCCCCGAGCUUCUCCACUGACUCCUGGUUGGACAAAGAGGUGAAAGACAGUCUGCUGUAUGACACCUUGGUGCUGAUCAACCUGGGAAGCUGUGACAAAAAGAAAGUCUUGGAGGAGGAGAGAAAACGGGGGCGAUUCCUGCAGCAAUGUCAUUCUCGGGAGACCAGGAUUGAGGAGGUCAAGGGUUUCCAGGCUGUGCGAUUAGAGAAAACGGAGAAGUAUGAGAAGGAAAACUGUGGAGGCUUCCGCCUGAUUUAUCCCAGUCUGAAUUCAGAGAAAUAUGAGAAGUUUUUCCAGGACAACAACUCCCUCUUCCAGAAUACCGUUACCUCCAGGGCUCGGGAGGUGCAUGCCCGGCAGCUGAUUCAGGAGCUGAGAAGAAAACAGGAGAAAAAACACUUCCAAACAAAAGAGAAGAAGGUAGAGAUGCAGGGGGAAUCGGCAGGCGAGCAAGCAAGAGGCAAGAGAAACAGCUGGCAACAGAAACAACGGCACAAAGACAAGGCCGACACCACCCAUGCCUCCAAACAAUACCUCCAGCCAUUGACAUUAGUGUCCUGCAUACCUGACUCGCUCUUGAGUGUCAGAGAUGCAAAGACAACUGAGACAAACAGCAGCCUCGACCAGGAGGCCCCUCAGAAGGAGGGUGGCCCUGCACCUCCGGAACCGGCAUCUAUGAGGUAUUGCAGCUCUGUACCUGACCUGAGGAAUGCAAGCCUUCUCAGCUGCCCUGGGCUGGAGCUCAGUAAAACCGUCUCCAGAAUUCAGGAAGCCAAAUCUGCCUGUGCAGUGAACGUGCUCACUGGCACUGUGCCCUUCUCCUCAGUAGAAACCACCUCAGAAUCCACCACCCAGGUCUCAGACUCCCCUGAGGCUCUGCCAAGCAUGACCGUGACAACCAGCUGUGAAUGCAGAACUCCAGAGAUAGACAGCAUGGUGCCCUCUAAAUGCAAACAGCAGCAGAUCCCUCAGCAUCUCAUCCAGGAGAAAAUGUCAAAACUUUCUCUGCCAACAAAACCACAGGGCUUCUUUGGGAGCCUGGGCCCAAGCUGGGCUUUGCUGAAGAAUGACGUGAAAAAGCAGCAUCUGAUGUCGGAGCUACUCACCAAGGUUCAACUGAGGAAGAAGCUCUUGUUCCCGGUCUCUUGCCACCCAAAGCUGGUGCUGAGUAACCAGUCACAAAACCCCUCCCUGCCCCGGGAGUGCUACUUCCGCAGCCGAAGCUCUGGGGAGAAGAGGCAGCUGGAUGUGUCCCCCCUUCUCCUCUUGCAGAGUUCUUCCAGCCAGAAUGUUCCUCUGAAAGAUCUGCUGGUGGUUGCCACACCAGCCCGACUGGAUCGGAGGCCCGGCAGAAGUCCUGCAGGUGCUCUGAGAGACCUGCGUAUAAAAGAUCAGGAAGCAAACAGUCCCUGCCUGAUCUCUGGCCAAAAGGAUAUGAGAGGAACUAGGUAG